AUGAGUAACCCACCGGACCCGAAUCUUGUUAGCACCGAUUCCGUUGAUAGCCCAGCAAAAACACAAGCACAGGCACAGGUGCAAGGUCAAGAAAAAGCUGGACCCGGACCUUCGACUAGCCCCUCUACCUCCGCCUCCGGCGAACCUUCCGCCGACUUUUCUUCCUCGCCUCGCCGCUCCAAUCCACCUUCUCUUCCUCAUUCUUCGGCCCUAACUUUUGGUUACGUUCCCGUUGAACAACAUCAAUUGCAGCCCAAACCGCCCCGUCAAGCUCGUGCUUUCUCUUACUCGUCUGCCUCUCUUCUUGCCAAUCCCUCUGCUGCUGCCGCUACAAGGAAGAGUCGCGGCGCCGAGCCCGUCACCAGAGAGUCAUACGCACGCCGGGCUAGUUUCACGACGUCCCCAAACUCAACAACCGCUGUGUCGUCCUUGCCAAUCAGGAACCCCCGACCUCUUGCAAGUACUCGCCGCGAGUCCAUGACCUCAGAGACCACCGCCGAAGAUCAGGUGUUGACCGAUUCGCAACUUUCAGACGAACCCCACCAACAGCGAACCCGCUUACCGUCUGCCACCGAGAAUUCCCACACCGUCUCGUCCGAAGCUUCUAGCGCCGCGAACAAUCGAUUAUCUUCUUCUUCAGACCUUCAAUCUCGAAGACUUUCGGGAACAUCCGUCUAUUCUCUUGCUUCCGCCCGCGGCAUCCCUAGUGGUUCACCAUCAGCUCAAAGUUCAGAGCUUGGAACCCCACCACGAUCUGUGCCUGGAUUCCUGUCGACAAGCAAAAGUACAGGGCUGGUCCAAUCCGAAGCUGAAGUUUCCAACGUCACCGUCACUACUUCCAGUCUUCAAGCCGGUCAAUCGGCCGUAGGAAAUCCUCAUCAGCAUCAUCUAACUGCUCGAGAUCAUAAUUCGCAGCCACUUGACUUUACGAAACGUGCAAUCAGACACGACAACAUGCAGAACUCUACGUCUGGUCUGCGCGAUCAAGGAGGGCCUGAUCGAUCCCGCAGUCGAGCCAAAAGACGCUUCAGUGGAAGUACAGCAACCAGCAGCCACAGCCCGAGUAGUGAUCGGGCUCCCCACCAUCGGGAGAGGGGAGAGGUGAAACCCUCACGAUACGGUGUUAUUGGCGUUUGCGCUCUCGAUAUCAAGGCUAGAAGCAAGCCCAGUCGAAACAUUCUGAACCGGCUGAUCGCCAAUCGAGAAUUCGACGUAGUCGUCUUUGGCGAUAAGGUCAUCCUCGAUGAAGAGGUUGAGAACUGGCCUAUAUGCGAUUAUCUUAUUUCGUUCUACUCGGAUGGAUUCCCACUGGACAAGGCAAUUGCCUACGUCAAGGCACGAAAGCCUUUCUGCGUAAACGAUGUUCCCAUGCAACAAAUUCUCUGGGACCGUCGUCUAUGUCUGCACUUGCUCGACAAGAUCAAUGUUCGAACACCAAAGCGUGUUGAGGUUACCCGUGAUGGUGGUCCUGAAUAUCUUACACCAGAAAUGUCGAAACACAUCAAGGAAAUCUCUGGAGUCACUCUCGACCCUAUUGAUCCUGAACAAAUACCACCUCCCCAGAAGGUGGAAAUGAUUGAAGAUGGCAACACGAUCAGCGUUGAUGGCCAAACACUCAGAAAGCCUUUCGUUGAGAAACCUACGAGUGGAGAGGACCACAAUAUUAUCAUCUAUUUCCCCAGCGAAGAUGGCGGUGGCGCUCGAAAGCUAUUCCGAAAGAUUGGAAACAAGAGUUCUGACUACAUCCAAGACCUCAACACGCCUCGAGCUAUCACCGAGCCCGACAGCAGUUACAUCUACGAAAGCUUUAUGCAAGUUGACAACGCCGAAGAUGUGAAGGCUUACACUGUUGGACCCACCUACUGCCACGCAGAGACACGAAAGAGCCCGGUUGUAGACGGCGUGGUGCGAAGAAACACCCAUGGCAAAGAGUUGCGAUAUGUGACAGCUCUUGGCCCCGAGGAGAAGGAAAUGGCCAGUAAGAUUUCUACUGCGUUUGGACAGAGAGUUUGCGGUUUCGAUAUGCUGCGAGCAUCAGGCAAGAGUUAUGUCAUUGAUGUCAACGGCUGGAGUUUCGUCAAGGAUAAUGACGACUACUACGACCAUUGUUCGAACAUUCUCAAAGACCUGUUUGUUAAGGAAAAGAUGCGACGCGGUGGUGUCACUCCCCCUAUGCCGUCGCCCGCGCCAUCAGAGUCCGGAACUGACCCAUUCACUCGAGCAUCUAAUGCAUUCAAGGAUCGUGAACAGCAAGGCCAGUCGAGCGCUAAUGGUGUGAGGACAAGCAUAGCAUCCAACCCAGCUACCACUGAUUCGCAGCCCGACGAUACAUCACGCCGCGCACCAAGCGGCACGGUCACCCCUCUUCUACCCCCGGAAAGUGGAAUACCUUCGAAAUCAUACAGUUCAUCUGCAACACCGGUGAUCCCAGCUACUCCUACUGAUGUGAACUUGCCGGGAAUUUUGUCCCCUCCCCCAGCCCAGCAAAGUGCUGUCGCAGAUCCUCCACCAGAGGAGACAUCUACUGUACCGGAACCUCCUCUGCCAACCCAUUCUUGGAAGUUGAAGGGCAUGGUCUCUGUGAUUAGACACGCAGAUCGUACGCCAAAGCAGAAGUACAAGUUCACAUUCCACUCAGAGCCUUUUAUUGCACUUUUGAAGGGUCAUCAAGAAGAAGUCCUGUUGAUUGGAGAAGCCGCUCUUGGAAGUGUCAUUCAGGCGGUGGACCUGGCCUACGAACAGGGAAUUGAGGAUCGUGCUAAGCUUCGAUCUCUCCGAAAUGUUCUUGUCAAGAAGGGAAGCUGGCCUGGUACCAAGAUUCAGAUCAAGCCAAUGUUCAGGAAGAAGAAGACCGAAAAGGCGGAAAAGACGGAAGAGCCUGCGAUCAGUGAGGAACUCGUCGCUGUGACUGAAAAGGAGAAGGAGGACAAGAAAGCAGAAGAGGGAGCCGACUCAUCAAAGGAGGAUAAACCUCCUGGGGCACCAAAACGACAAGAUUCUCUCUCUGGCGUUACAAUGUCCAAGUUCACUGCUGCUGAGGAGAGGUUGGUUCUUGAUAAACUGCAGCUCAUUGUCAAAUGGGGAGGUGAGCCUACCCACUCGGCCCGAUACCAGUCUCAAGAACUGGGCGAGAAUAUGCGCAACGACCUCAUGCUUCUGAACCGGGAUAUCUUGGACGAGGUCCACGUUUUCAGCAGUUCCGAGAGGCGUGUAACCACAAGUGCGCAGAUCUGGGCUGCUUCUUUCUUGGGCAAGAAGGACAUUGCAGAAGACUUCAUCACCAUUCGCAAGGAUCUGUUGGAUGACUCCAAUGCUGCUAAGGAUGAGAUGGACAAGGUGAAGAAGAAGCUCAAGGGCCUGCUGCGCAAGGGUAACGAGCGUCCUGCCCAAUUUACUUGGCCAGAAAACAUGCCUGAGCCUUCAGAGGUGCAGACGAGAGUCGUACAGCUGAUGAAUUUCCACCGACGUGUGAUGGAUCACAAUUACAAGAAGCUGUACAGUGGUGCUGUCACGUCACUCAAUGCCAUCUCGAACCCAAGCACUGAGAAGUUGUCUGGGGACAACUCAAGCUCAUCCACCGCAUCAUCGAUGUCCCAGGCAAACACCAUCAACCAGAUCCAGUCACGAUGGUGCUGCGGUGAAGAUGCGGAGCUAUUCCGAGAGCGGUGGGAGAAACUGUUCCAAGAAUUCUGCGAUGGCGAUAAGGUUGACCCAAGCAAGAUAUCGGAGCUUUAUGACACCAUGAAGUUUGAUGCGCUGCACAACCGUCAGUUCCUGGAGUGGGUGUACACACCACCCAACCACAUGCUGGACGAAUACACAGCUACCGGUACCAAAGAGGGCAAGCCAAAGGAGUCUGAAGAUGGCAAGUCCGUUGACGAGAAAGCGGACAAGAGCCAGCAUCCUUCCCCAGAAGGUUCUGAUAAGGCGGACGCUGGAGGCCGUUCCGCUUCAGUCAAGAAAUUGUUUAGAAGACGGUCGUUCCUUAACAAUCUACGACACUUUAAUGAAGAGGCACCGCCAGAGCAGUACUUCCGCCUUUACAAGGGAACAAAGCAGACUGCAUCCCAGACAGAUGCUCAAAAUGAGCCCUUGCAAGAGCUUUACCGCCUUGCUAAGGUCUUGUUUGACUUCAUCUGCCCUCAAGAAUACGGUAUCUCUGACAGCGAGAAACUUGAGAUUGGCUUGCUCACAUCUUUGCCUCUACUCAAGGAGAUCGUGCAGGAUCUGGAAGAGAUGCAAGCGUCAGACGACGCAAAGUCCUUCUUCUACUUCACUAAGGAGUCGCACAUCUACACACUGCUGAACUGCAUCAUUGAGGGAGGUGUUGAGACUAAGAUUAAGCGUAGCACUAUCCCUGAGCUCGACUAUCUUUCUCAAAUUUGCUUUGAGCUCUACGAAGCUGAGAUGAAGACGGCAGGCGACGGAUCAUCACCUCACAACGCCCCCACGUUUACAUAUAGUAUUCGUAUCACCAUCAGCCCUGGAUGUCACGUAUUCGAUCCCUUGCAUGUCCAACUCGACAGCCGACACUGCAUUGGAUGUGCUCCCCGACGAAGCUUGACGCCACACGCGGACUGGCUGCAGGUUAUCAAGACCCUUCGAGCCAAGUUCAACCAGGUCAAACUACCAAAGACAUUCCUGGCUGUCAACUUGUCUGAUGCAUUUACCUUUGAAGACCUUGAGCGACAAGGCAGCGACAGCGAUGUGUUAGAGAUGAAGGCUGCGCCGUCGAAAGGCUUAACCGAUCAGCCCAAAUCCCCUGAAAAGGGAGAUGAGGAGCUUGCAACUGGUGCUGGUGAAGUAAUGAUCUCCUAG